UGCUUGGAAGGGAGAGAGUGACAAUACUCAAUAUAUAAAACACAAAUUAAUUAGCCAAAGUAUAGAAUAACGAUGAUCAAAUCAUAAUGGUUGUACAAUCAAAUUACUGUGAUAUUUUUCUCUUCAGAAAAGUAGUCACGGUCAACACAGCUUGAAUGUAAGGGAAGGACACAGCAGGAGCUGUGGUCUAAUAUUCAACUCCUUAUUAGAUCCCGCCGUCGGCCGGGUUUCUUUCUUAUGUAUUUGUGUAAUAGAUAAUCGAUUUCUUCACAGCCAAAAGAAAAAACAAGAAAGAAACUUGGUAUCUUAUUUGCUCUGUGUUUUAAAAAAGAAUGGAGCAUUCAAGUAGCACUCAAACCAAGCUGCUUGUGUUUAUACACUUUUAUGGCUUGAUUCUUUUGUGCAUGAGCGCCGCAGGUCUGGAAGCUUCGACACCCCCUAGCAGUAGCACUGCCCUUGGAAAUGAAACUGAUCGCAUGGUGCUGCUUGACUUCAAGAAAAGAAUCGUUGACGAUCCUUUUCUUAUCAUGAGCUCUUGGAAUGAUUCUGUCCAUUUCUGCAGUUGGGUAGGCGUUACAUGCAACAAUUCCAUCAAAAGAGUCUUGACGAUGGAGCUGCAGUCUCAGAAAUUGGUCGGCUCCAUACCACCUUCUAUUGGAAAUCUUACUUAUCUUACUGGAAUCAAUCUGAGAAAGAACAAUUUUCGUGGUGAAAUUCCUCAAGAAUUGGGUCGUCUACAAAGCCUGCAACACCUCAACCUGUCUGUCAAUUCCUUCAGCGGGAAGAUUCCAACUAAUAUUUCUCACUGUACAGAACUAAGAGUGCUUGACCUUUACUCCAAUACACUUAUUGGGCCGAUUCCAGACCAACUCAGUUCGUUGUUGGAUUUAAAUAUUCUAUGGUUUGAUACAAACAAUCUCACUGGAACUAUCCCAAGUUGGAUAGGAAACUUUUCUUCUUUGUAUAGUCUUUAUAUUGGUGGAAACAACUUUCAAGGAAGUAUACCCAAUGAGCUCGGGCAUCUUACAGGCUUGCAAGCAUUCUCAGUUGCAGAAAACAAUCUGUCUGGUAAGGUCCCUCCUUCAAUCUAUAAUAUUUCUUCCAUAUCCAUUUUCGGUGUCAGUCAGAACCAGCUUCAUGGAGAGCUACCGCCAAAUGUUGGCGUUAUUCUUCCUAAUCUCGAACAAUUUCAUGUUGGUGGCAACAAAUUCACAGGAAAUAUUCCUGCAUCGUUCUCAAAUGCUUCUAGACUUCUUUAUCUCAAUUUGCCUGAAAAUGAUCUCACUGGAACAGUUCCUGGUGAAAGCCUUGGAAGAUUGCGAAGCUUAGUUGGACUAAACUUUGGUGUUAAUAGACUAGGAACUGGAAAAAUUGGUGACCUGAAUUUCAUCAGCUUCUUGGCUAAUUGUACAAGUCUGGAGGAGUUGGGUCUUCACCAUAACCAAUUCAGAGAUGAAUUGCCAAAGUCCAUAUCCAACCUUUCCACCCAACUAACCUCUCUUACAAUGGAGAAAAACUUGAUAUAUGGAAGCAUGGAUAGAGGCAUCAGCAAUCUUGUAAACUUGACCGUAUUUGGAAUAAACUAUAACUUUCUCAGCGGUAAGAUCCCUGAAGAAAUUGGGAGGCUUCAGAAGUUAGGGGAACUAUAUUUGGAUGACAACAAGUUUUAUGGGCCAAUUCCAUCUUCCUUAGGUAACUUGACUUCAUUGACAGAGCUCUACAUCAGCGGCAAUAGGCUUGAGGGAAGCAUUCCUCCAACUCUUGCUAACUGCCAACGUCUAUUGGCACUUGACCUGUCCCGAAACAAUUUAACAGGCACCAUACCUCAAGAGGUUAUUGGGAUUUCAUCUCUUUCAAUUUAUUUGCUCCUGUCUAACAAUUACUUGACUGGUUCACUACCAGCUAAAGUGGGCGAUUUGGUACAAAUAGUGGAGCUAGAUGUGUCUGUAAACAACUUGUCGGGUGAAAUCCCUACGACACUCGGCAAUUGUAUUAUGUUGGAGCGCUUGUACUUGGCAAAUAACAAAUUUGAAGGAACAAUUCCUCAAUCUCUCAAAAGUUUAAGAAGCUUGGAAGAGAUGGAUAUUUCGAGCAAUAAUUUUUCUGGGCAAAUUCCUGAAUUUAUAGGCAAGUUAAGUUUUCUCAAGAAUCUCAAUGUUUCUAAUAAUAAUUUCCAAGGCGAAUUACCUAAAGAAGGGAUCUUUCUAAAUGCAAGUGGUCUCUCAAUUCUUGGAAAUGGCAAGCUUUGUGGUGGCAUCCCACGAUUAAGUCUACCUCCAUGCUCCAACAUAAAGGCUCAUUCAUCUCGAAGAUUACUUGCCCCAAAAGUAGUUAUCCCUGCAGCUUGUGGACUUGCAUUCAUAAUUGCUCUGUCAUGCUUUAUUGUUGCACGUUCAAUGCUUAAGAAGCCAAGAGGUUUACCGGCAAGUUCACGUUCUUAUAAGGAUUGGAAAUCAGGUGUCUCUUACAAAGAACUUGUUGAGUCAACUAACAGGUUCUCUAGAGAAAAUCUGAUUGGUUCAGGAAGUUUUGGUUCUGUUUACAAAGGAGUACUCCCUAGUGAUGGAAAUGUAGUUGCAGUUAAGGUAUUAAACCUUCAACAACAAGGAGCUUCCAAGAGUUUCAUUCGUGAAUGUGAAGCUUUAAGAAGUAUAAGGCACCGUAAUCUUCUCAAGAUCAUAACUGCUUGUUCAAGCAUUGACAAUCAAGGCAAUGACUUUAAAAGUCUAGUGUUUGAGUACAUGGUAAAUGGAAGUCUGGAUGUGUGGUUGCAUGAUGAGGAAUCUCAUAGCAAGAGGUUGAGCUUUAUCCAAAGACUCAAUAUUGCAAUUGAUGUUGCUUCUGCAUUGGAUUACCUCCACCACCAUUGUGAUACGGCAAUUGUUCACUCUGAUCUAAAGCCAAGCAAUGUUCUCCUUGAUGAAGAUAUGGUGGCUCAUGUUGGUGACUUUGGUUUAGCACGGUUCCUCUUGGAAGCAUCAAAUAACGCCUCCCCAAGUCAAACCAUGUCAGCCGUGCUCAAGGGUUCCAUAGGCUACAUUCCUCCGGAGUAUGGCAUGGGAGGCCAAGUCUCCACACUAGGAGAUGUUUAUAGCUUUGGAAUACUGUUGCUAGAAAUGUUCACUGGAAAAAGACCUACAGAUGACAUGUUCAAGGAUGGUCUAAGCAUUCACCAAUUUGCAGCCAUGGCGAUGCCCGACCAUGCCGGUGACAUAGUUGACCCUUCAUUACUCUUUGAAAGAGAAGAAGCAGAUGCUAAUGAUGACAGAUGCAGAAAUGAUGUACACGAAAAACCAAUUAUAAAAUAUCCGGACCGCAGCUCUGUCCAAGGAAGAAGCUUGGAGGAAUGCUUGGUUUCUGUGGUGCAGAUAGGACUCUCUUGCUCUGCAAUUUCACCAGGAGAUCGGAUGCUUAUGGAUGUCGUCGUCAACAAAAUGAAGGCAAUAAGGGACUCGUAUCUGAAAAUUCGAUAAGAAGAAGCUUUGUAGUAUAUGAGAUACGAAUAAGUUUGUUCUGUUUAUGCUCUCUCUGUUUUGUAUGGUACUAACUACUAGAGAAAAGCCAGGUGCAGUACAUUUGUGUGAAACUGAUGAGAUGCCCCUAGUCUCGCCAAUUUUUUAACCAUUGUUUCUCUCUUCAUUCA